AUGCAACAAACUCCAGUUGGACCUUCCUCCACCUCUUCUUCUUCAACCGUUUCCCAAUUUUCAACGGUUCCACAAUUUGUGGUGAUUCAUGACCAAAUGCAACAGUCCUGGAAACACCCAGUGGUACAUUACGUUUUUGAAGAGGAACAUUUUCCUUUUAAUGUUCCAAAAGAAAGAUGUGUCUUAGUCAACCUUAACGAAGAUGGAGAAAGUGUAGCUGAUUGUCAUUCAUUAAGUCAUAAUUUUCAAGUUACAAAUUGUAAGAUUAGUUUAACCCCACAAAUGACCGCGUCGGGACAAGGUAAAGAGUCCUCUACUACGACAGGUUUGAUGUUAACAAUUGAAGGCAUGUCCUCGAAAGAAGAAUUUGAACAAUCUUCUAGUAUAUUUGGAUUGGAUGAAUUGGAACCAACUACUACUUAA